GUCACGCGACCUCUGCGAAGUAGAGCUGGUAUUGGCAUACAUACUGUGCAUAUUGUUAAGCUCAGUAUCACCUUUAUUGAGUUCUGAGGAAGGCCAGAUGAAACGUACUACGGAAAACCGUUUUAUUUUGCUCGCGCUUGCACUGCUGCUGGGCGCGGCAACGUGCGCGCUUGCAGAGCAUGCCAUCUGCCAGUAUGAAGUGUGGCUUGUGGACCAGGCAGACACCAGCAACGGCACAUCGCUGAUCGGCUAUGGCGGCUACGUGCACAUCUUCAAGAGCUACGACCUGUCGCAGCCGGCCCAGGUGGUGGACUUGGGCAAGGAGGCGUCGCAGCUGUGCUUCGAAAAGACCGGAGCCAACCCCGUGCGCCCUCAUAUGCUCGUCUUCAACAAGGCCCGCACCCACGCUGUGGUGUCCUUUGUGGCUUCGGGCCACGUGUUGAUUAUUCGCGCGGAGGACCGCACGCCCCUCGCCUGCUUCCGCACCACUGCCGGCUUCAACGGCUUCCGCCAGGCGCAUGCAGGCUUCCCCACUGGCGACAACCGCUACGUGGUGGUUGCCAACCAAAACGGAAAGAAGCUGGAGCGCCUCAAUGUGGACUGGGAGAAAGAGGUGUUCACACACGAUGUUGACGCCACCCUGUCCCUGUACGGCAACUGCACCACACCCAACGGCGCCCGCUGCGAGGACCCGGCCUUCCGCCCCGACAACGCGCCCAUCUGCACGCCCAACCUCGGCGACCCCAAGGUCGCGUUCGCCACCCUGCGCGGCGGCGGUCUGUUUGUAGUGGACUACACCAAGAGCCCAAUGGCCAUUGUCGCAGAGUACGACAACACCACCGUGGGAGCCAACGGCUGUGGCGGCGUGGGCGCCGGAAACAACAUGUUCAUCAAUUCGGGUGGCGGCACAGCGACCAACCUGUACAACUUCCAGGUGUACAAGUUCCCGCGCUACGGCUACAGCGCCAAGAACCCGGUCAACACGCCCCGGCCCAAGGUGGUCGCAAACGACCCCGACGGCCCCCGGGACGCCCACGGCGCGGCAGUCCUGCGCGACACCAAGGGCCACCCCAAGUACUUCUGGCAGCCGGAUCGGUACUCCAAUGUCAUUGACGUCUACUCCAUUGACUCGGACCGCCUGGUUCACCGCAUCGACCUGCGUGCCUCCAACCUGUCCGCCGACCCCACACCCGACCUGGUAGCCGUCUCGCCCAUCCAGGACCACGCUUUCAUCACCUUGCGUGGCCCCGUCCCGCUCUCAGGUGACCCCCACGUCAGCACGGGCGCCACCCCCGGCCUGGGUGUGCUGGUGAUCCAGGCGGAGGGCCGCAAGGCGCGGCUCCACAAGGUCAUCACCAUCUCCAACCUGGUCAACGGCACCAAUCGGGCCGACCCGCACGCCAUCGACUUGCGGCCCACCAACACCAAGUGCACGCAGGUGCUCAACACGCACAGGAGGCUGUAGUGGGGGAUGGUGUAUGGUUUUGUUUGUUGUACAUAAUUUUUGAGUGACGGUAAAUGCGCGAGGAGUUUGAAGCGUGACGUACGGGCAUCCAGAAGCCUGCCUGAUUGAAUCCCCUAGCUGGACUGCGUGCGCAACGCCGGGAGAAGUGGAGGACGCACGUGUGAGAAGAUGCAGGGCUGGAGUGACGACUCCACAGCUUAGCAUAGCACAGCGACAGCAUGCAUUUACCGGUACACUUGCCGAUUGCGGGGGCGUGCAGGGCUGUUAUGCAGGAUGCUGGGGCCGAUAGGUCCAUGGCGAGCGGGGCGGGGCCAGCGUGUCUCACGGUGUGGCGGGCGUGGUGGCUGGAUGGAAUGCCGCCGUGAGUGCGCAGCGGACCAAAGCGUAGGCUUCCCAAAGUGGCGCUAGGUGUGUGAUGGGACAGCUGUAUCGCGCGCCCUAAGGACCGAGUGCGGUUAGCGGAGUGUUUGCUGGCGAGUCGCGCUGGCGCUGGCGCUGCAGUGUAGUGUGAAAAAGGAGUCAAAUACAAAGCAGGAAGACACUGAAGUUGGUAGCUGGCACGAAUGUGUGAUGACGGUGGGCGCUACUGACGAGUGGGACUGGCAUGGUCGGUAGCAGCUGCCUGGUCGGUGGGUGGUUCGCUCGGGAGGGAGAGUGAGCGUUCACGCAGAACAACACGAUUUAC